AUGGUGGGAGGCUGCCGCAACGCGGAGGACGCUGCGCGCGUGCAGGAAUUGAAGAAGAUCGCGGAGGAUAUUGAUCUGACGCGAUCGGUGAUGUUUUUGGUGAAUGCUCCGUACGAGACGGUGCAGCAAUAUCUCGCGUCCUCGUCGGUCGGAUUGCACACGAUGCGGGAUGAACAUUUCGGCAUCAGCGUCGUGGAGUUUCUGGCUGCGGGAUUGAUCGCGGUAGCGAAUGACAGCGCGGGACCGAAGCAGGACAUCGUGGUGCCUGCAUUCCCGCGGGGAGGGAAGAAGUAUCGAAUGGAGGCGGAAGGAGCGGAGAAAGCGACGGGAUUUUUGGCAGGAACGAUCGACGAGUACGUGGAAGCACUGCAGUUCAUUUUUUCGCAUGAGGAGCAGUUGGAAGGAAUUCGGGCGAAUGGACGGGAGAGGAGUAAAAUGUUUAGUACCGAGAAGUUUGUGAAGACUUUUAAGGAGAAAUUGAUUGCAAUGUUGAAUUGGGGUGUUUGUUGA